AUGUUAACCCCCCCCCGCAUACCCUGCUGCUUCCGCGCCCCCACGAGACCCCGCCCCCCCUCCGGCUGGGCGCGAUCCCCGACGGGGGGUAUCCCGCGACCUCCCGGUCCCGCACCGUCCGCUCGGACCCGGCACCCAACCCACCUUACCAGUCCCCGCUUGCAGCCCCUGCCCCCCGAUCCCCCCCCCGCGCGUCCCCCCCAGCCGCGCGAACCCCGCACCCCGACAGGUGUGUCACAGCUGGCCCGCCGAGGCGCGCUCCACCUGCCUGCCCCGCCCUCACCCGCGUCCGCCCGCCGGCACGCCACCCAUGACCCCCCUCCCCUCGGAUGCGGGCAGGUGGCGACAGCGCUAGACACGCACCCCACCGGGCCACUGCGGUCGCCCCCCUGGAUCGCCCGUCGUACCACACCAUUCCCCCCCUGGAGCCCCGGCUGCCACCCCCCCGCCUGUUGGCCGGCGCACGCCCACCCGCCACGCACCGGCGCCUCCAACCCCCCCCCGCGUGGAUCUCCCGUCCCUCACGCUGCCCACGCCGACCUGUCCCCCCCCCGCCGCCCCCCACCGCAAUCCCGCCCGUAG